UGAAGUAGACACAGCACUAAAAACAAAUCCCGCCGAGACGAGGCGUUGCAUACAAGACCCAUUCGACUGUCCACCCUAGCCUGAUUAUCUUGGACGCCAUCCCUUUUCACUGCCACAACAAUCUUCCAGCCAUCGACCAUCAAACUAACUAUCCAUUAUGGCUGAGAUCGAUGCAACCGCGUUGACCGCACUCAUAAUCUCGCUGGUUGCCCUCGUGGUAGCAGUGGGACAGAUCCUCCAGCAGUAUGUUGCAACUGCCGAUGGCUAUCGUCGAUGCCUGCCUUCUGUCAUGGGCCAAUGGGGAACCAAGUCGGAGAGGAGGUGGAGGUUCAUGGAGUUCCGCUUCGAGACAAUCUACUACGUCCCUAGCAUUUCGGUUGGCCCACCUGGCGUUGUUGUAGCAGAUUCGAAAUCCAUAUCCGAACUCCGACAAAAGGACUGGCGCAAAAUAGACCUUUCGAACUCGACAUACACAUUGAAAAGUAUAGAGCCUCUGAUAAAUGACACUGAAGAGCAUAAGCGGAAGUACGGAGACUACGGUGCGAUGGUUUGUUGGGUGGCCUUCCUCGAACGACUGUAUGAGCGCCAGAAGGAGAUAGAGGACGCUUUCGAAUGGUGGUGGCCUGCACCGGAGUCGAAGGAUUUUCAACGCCACGUAAAUACUAUGCCGACGAUUCCUUGCGUCAGGAUCCUUCGAAGAUCUUGGGACUUCAUGCCGCCCGAAGUUGUCCGUCCCUUGUGUGAGACUACCAUCUCGGACAUUGCCCUUCUCGUGUUGCGCCUUGGUAUGAGCUGGAAGGAGUUCAAUCCGGCCAAUAGAAAACUAAGAGCCGAAGGCCCCGGUAGUCUCAUCACCUCCAGAUACGUUCCGUCUGUCGGUCUCUGCCUGGAGUAUAUCACUACUGGCUACGCUAAAGUCUCCAAGGAACCAAUCCGGCCCACCACGGACCGUCCCAAGGCCGCCGGGAUCCAGGGAGAUCCCGCACCAGACCAAGUCGGGCCAGUCAUCGAGGUCAACAGUAAGACCAACAAGAGCCGUGCUACAAUCUCUAGCUACCAAAGCAAGUCCACCAGGGAAUCCCCAAGCUUAGGGCCCGUACUGCUGAAUUCUUUCCUGCCUGUAGACGGUGUCUCGUACUUUCUGUUCGGCAUUGUUCCCGGAAAUGAUAGCCUUAGCUGCUUUAGUCGCCCUCUAGGGACUCUAAAUGAGAUCAAGGAAUUCUUAGAUUUCCUCGACAGCACCGCCGAGAAGUCAUCCAAUCUGCCAGGGUUGCUGGUGGAAGCGAUGAAGCACAGAGAGGGUUGGAUUCCCGGGUUCAACGACAUCAUUCCAAUUACGGCCCCAAAACUCGGCAGAAAGUCGUCUCCGUUGUGCAACCUACCCAUGCCUAACACUUACUCAGCUGGUGUGCUCCGAACAGAGGAAGGGUUAUUCACUUUCUGCGAGAGAUUGAAAGAAUAUGUUGAGGAACAUCCCUCCAAGCAGCUCAAAAGUAUCCAAGAUUUUGUGGAGAAGCUGGAAAAACAUAUAGAGUGGAAAGCCAACGAUAGCGUGUGGGCUAGUAUUAGCCCCGCGGAGCACAUCUCUCCCCAAGAAGCCUAUAACGCCAGGAAGGGAUUCCACGUCUUGGUUCACGACGCUUUAGAUGAAGCAGAGAAACACCUCAGACUCAUCAACGUGGACCCUCAUGGCUCUAUUCACAACCACAAGACGGAACUGAAGCAUGGCUUCUGCUAUGACACUCUCGUCGUGGAGCAUCUCCGCAUGAGUAUCACCAGCUACAAAACAGCAAUGUACAACAUGGACAAAACCCCGAUGCCCAAGCACUGGAAAGGCAUGGACAAGGGACGUAGCUGGCUUUCCGCCUGUAUGAACCAGUACUGGGACGAGCUAGAGGAACUCGCGAAAUCGGUUGAGAAGAUCACAGUGCCACCGGACCGCAUAAGAGUGGAACCUGACUACAGACUCUUGGUUGUGGAUGCCUGGGUCACCAUGAUAUUUCGAGCUUUCUGCUGGCACCACUGUCAUCGGCUGGUUGCGGUCAAGAUUGUACUCCCGUCGGAAUGGCACGGGAGUCGGAUGCCGGUGUAUAUUGGAUGAUUCGGAUUGUUUGCUUGGAUGAUAUCGUAACUGCAACGGGACAAACGACAGUUCCCUUUGGGACCUUCCAUGACUACACCUGGAUCCUAUUCUUUACAAUACUCACUUACUCAAUACUGACUGCUCACAUCAGGUCUAUCAGCAACGCCGCCAGUGACCACCAA